CAUGAAAGUGGCCUUAAUGUUAUACUGCCUUAUUCCAGUGACAAGUAUUCAUCAUGUGUAAAAUGGGAGAAAUAUCGACACAAAGAUGUGAGACUUCAAUGAGAAGAGACGGUACCCUGUCUGAGCCCCAACCGGGUCGCGAGUUAAGGCCUGGUCUUCUCCCUGGUUAAGGCCUGGUCACAACGAAAGAACCUUAAGCUCGGGGAGGACCCUGAAGUUUCAGAUCCGUGGCCCGGCUGUGCAGGUGGACCACGCGGAAGGCGCGGUAGGCCGAAAGCAGCCAACACUGCUCCCUCUUGCGCACCUGUCCACUUACGGGGACCGCCGCCUAAUCCUCGCCCCAGCCAGUCGGUCCUUUCCGGAAGUUCCACCUCCCUAAAUUUUUUUUCCGGUUCCGUUCACUCCUUCCGGUCACCAUGGCGACCGGGCGCCUUAGUGUCGGGGAGACGUUGGGAGCCCUCAACGCGGCCCUGGGGCCAGGAGGUCCGGUGUGGAUCAAGGAGACGCGCACCCGCCACCUGCGUUCCCGAGACUUCCUGGCGCCGCACCGCGCGCUGCAAGUGCGCUUCAAUGACGGGCAGGUUCCCGAGCAUGUGCUCCAUGCCCUCGCCUGCCUACAGGGCCCCGGUGUGGCCCCGGUGCUGCGCUGCGCGCCGACCCCAGUGGGUCUGUCGCUCCAACUGCAGCGCCCCGCCGUCUUCGAGCGCGUCCUCAGCGCCGUGGCUGCUUAUACCUCGCCCGCCUCACCCGCCUCACCCGGCCAGCGCGUCUUGCUACACUGCCCAGCACUGCGCAGCUCCCAUUGCGCACUCCGCUUGAGCCAGCUGCGUACGGUGCUCGUGGCCGAUCACCUGGCACGAGCUCUGCGCGCUCACGGGGUAUGCGUGCGCCUAGUGCCAGCUGUGCGGGAUCCGCACAUGCUGACCUUCCUGCAGCAACUGCGGGUGGACUGGCCCGCUGCCUCGGAGAGAGCUUCCUCCCAUACUCUGGGGAGUCACGCACUUGCAGAACUUACCUCUUCUUAUGACGGGAGGGCACUGUCCCCUGGCAUCUUAGGCAGACUGUGUCUGAAGGAGCUGAUGGAAGAACAGGGCUGCACAGCUGGCUAUGACCCCAACCUGGACAAUUGUCUGGUGACUGAGGAUCUCCUCUCUGCACUGGCUGAGCUGCAGGAGGCUCUAUGGCAUUGGCCUGAGGACAGCCACCCAGGCCUGGCUGGGGUCCCAGAUACUGGUACAGACAGUUGCCUGGUUAUACACGUGGUUAGCUGUGAAGAGGAGUUCCAGCAACAGAAGUUGGACCUGCUUUGGUGGAAGUUGGUUGACAAGGCUCCACUCAGACAGAAGCACCUGGUCUGUGGCCCAGUGAAAGUAGCUGGUGCACCUGGCACUCUGAUGACUGCCCCUGAGUACUACGAGUUCCGGCAUGCCCAGGUGUGCAAGGCCUCAGCACUGAAGCAUGGUGGGGAUCUGGCACAAGACCCAGCCUGGACAGAGAUCUUCAGUGUUCUCUCUGUGGCCACCAUCAAGUUUGAGAUGCUGGGCACAGCCCCACAGAGUCAGAUCCUCCUGGCUCUGGCUGACAGCAACAUCUCCACGAAGGGUACAAAGAGUGGCACCUUUGUCAUGUAUAAUUGUGCCCGUCUUGCCACACUCUUUGAGAGUUACAAGUGCAGUAUGGAACAAGGUCUGUACCCUACUUUUCCUCCUGUGAGCAGUCUGGACUUCUCACUGCUACAUGAUGAGUAUCCUCCCCUUUCCGGAUCUGCUGAGCCAGACAGCAGUGCUGGACUGCACAGCCCCAGGGCUCCACAUCGCUGCACGCACAGAGAUGAUGUGCAAGUUCCUGGUACAGCUCAGCAUGGAUUUCAGCUCCUACUACAACCGGGUACACAUCCUAGGGGUGAGCACACAGCAACUAAUGGGGUGGGAAGUGCAGAGGGGUAUAGGGUAAAUGCAAACGAAGCAGAGGCUGAGACCAGCAGGCCCCUUCUCCUUCAGGAGCCUCGACCACACCUCUUUGGUCAGAUGUUCGUCCGCCUGCAGCUUCUGAGGGCUGUGCGUGAGGUGCUCCACACUGGCCUGGCUAUACUGGGUCUCCCUCCACUGAGCCAUAUCUAAGGCCACAGAGGCUUCAAUAUUUGGGAGUGUUCACAAAGUCAUCAACUGGAAAAAAAGCAAAAACCCACAGCCAAAAUAAAUUGUUAUUGUUACUAAGUUCUGUCUUGUCAUGGGGAGUGGGGCAUAUUCUUGGCAGCACUCCACUCACCUUCAGCUCUUGCACCGAUGUCAGGAACCCACGGCCA